AGUUUUCAAUGACAGCCUGAGGUAGAACUAGGAGUGCUUGCACUGUGCAGGGUAGGGAACGGAUGUUAUUGCUCCCAUCAGCCAUGAUUUACCAAUAUGCUACUGUUUUGUAUAUUUUUCAUUUGAUUCCUGCUUUAUUAGGUGCUCGGCCAUGUGUCCCUUUAAGUUUUGGGCACAGCUCUGUGGUCUGCGUGUGCAACUCCACAUACUGUGACUCUUUAGAUCCUGUUGUUCUUCCUUCUGAUGGCAACUUCAUCCGGUAUGAAAGUAGCCAGUCAGGAAAGCGUCUGGAGCCCAGCACUGGGGCCUUCAAAAAGGAACAGCCAACUAAAUCAGGUCUUGUGUUCACACUGAAUGAUAAGAAGAAGUUUCAGACGAUCAAGGGGUUUGGUGGUGCUGUGACAGACUCUGCUUCAUUAAAUAUUCUGUCCUUGUCUCCUGGAAGCCAGAACAACCUCCUGAAUGCUUAUUUCUCAGAGGAAGGUAUUGGGUACAAUAUUCUGCGUGUCCCCAUAGCAAGUUGCGAUUUCUCAUCACGUAUAUACACCUAUCUUGACACUCCAGAAGACUUUAAGUUGGAGACUUUCAGCCUGCAGUCUGAGGAUACUCAGUUAAAGAUCCCAUUAAUCCAAAAAGCAAAGGCUUUAUCCAAAAGACCGAUCUCCCUCUUUGCCAGUCCCUGGACAGCACCACCAUGGAUGAAGACAAAUGGGGCGGUGACUGGAAAGGGAACCCUGAAAGGAAAUGCAGGGGAUAAAUACCAUAAAACCUGGGCCAGCUACUUCAUAAGGUUUUUGGAUGAGUAUGCCAAGUAUAAUGUGACGUUCUGGGCUAUCACCGUUGAGAAUGAGCCUACAGCAGGGAUGAUGACGGACUACCCUUUUCAGAGUUUGGGAUAUACACCUGAGAGCAUGAGAGACUUCAUUGCCUUUGACCUUGGACCUGCAUUCUCCAACAGUUCUCACAAGCAAGUGAAAAUAAUGAUCUUGGAUGAUGAUCGUCUUUUGCUUCCAUACUGGGCCAAAGUGAUAUUGUCUGAUCUUCAGGCUGCACGCUAUAUACACGGCAUUGCUACCCACUGGUACCUGGAUGCCAUUGCACCAGCUGAUGUCACACUGGGGCUUACUCACCAGCUUUACCCAGAUUACUUUCUGUUAACCACAGAAGCCUGCACAGGGUUCUUACCAUGGGACAAGGGAGUACGUUUAGGCUGCUGGGAUAGGGGAAACCAGUACAGCCAUAGGAUCAUAGAGCAUCUAAACAACUUUGUUGUUGGCUGGACGGACUGGAAUCUUGCUCUAGAUGUGAAUGGAGGUCCCACCUGGGUGGAAAAUUACGUGGAUAGCCCCAUUAUUGUGGAUCUGAGCAAGGAUGUUUUCUAUAAGCAGCCCAUGUUUUAUCACAUGGCGCAUUUCAGCAAGUUUAUACCAGAGGGAUCCCUGCGUGUUGGCCUGGAUGCCAACCAGGAGAGCCAGCUGGAGAGCAUCGCCUUCCUCUGCCCUGAUGGGUCGGCAGUUGUGGUCAUCCUAAACAGAAAUUCAGAUGAUGUCAAUUUUGAAAUAUCUGACCCACUUCUUGGCGUUAUUGAAGCAACGUCUCCUGCAGGCUCCAUUCACACUUAUAUCUGGAAGCGUCCGUAAAGGAAUCAUUGUUUCUGGAUAAGAAGCACAUUAUUUAACGUAUACUGAAAAUUAAAAAACCCCAACUAAUUUAAACAAAUUAAUAAAUGAUGCAUCACCCAUGGAGCAAACAAAACUCACACAGUGUUGCUGGAGUUAAAUCUACCAUAUAUUUAUGAUUGUGGAGGGACUUGGAAUAAUACACCACCCUGAAAUCAGCCACCUUGUAUGUUUUUGAUUUUCAGUUUUGAAAGAGUUUGACAGUUAAAUUAACUUUUCAACUCCAACUUUUUUCUUUUUUUGGUUUCUUUUUGUAGAGGGUGUGGGGCAUUUUUAGUUAUUUGCUUUGUCAAUGGGUAACAAUAUGAACUCUGACUUAUGUCAUAUGUCACAGAACUACCCUUAAAAAUAGGUUGUACCCCACAAAUCCUGCUUAUCUAGGCAUUGUCCCAUUUGGCCUAGGGACUCUGACAGAGGGCAUUUCAAAAUGAUUUUGUUUUUCCUCCAAAAAAAUAAAGAAACAUUCUGGUGCUGAAGGCUUGUUACUAUUCACUAAUACAACUGUGUGAGUUGUCCUAAUCACCCAAUGACUAUUUAAUACAACAAUAUCAAUUGUACACAAAUCUAUAUUUCCUGCAUUUAAAUUUGUCUUUUUUUUUUUAAUAAAUAUUUUGCUUGAUAUUUUUUGAGUAUAUUAAAUUUAUUUUAUCUGCUCAA